CCCCUCAAAAGCCUUAUCUGUUUGGGCCAAUAAAAAGAACUCCGAACCAGCAAAUGAUCUCUCUGUUCUCGCAACCCAACGAUGUAGGAAGAGGUAAGGCAUGGAAGAAACCUUCCAUUUCUCCCAUAUCAAUGGCCUCCGACGCAUCCCCAGACCCUAUUUUCCCUUUUCCAACCUUCAAUUCUCCUUUGUUUCCCGAACAGUGCCUCUUCACUGUCGCACUCUCUGCUCCAAAACUUCAAUCUCCCUCCCCAACAAGCCCUCCAAAACCCCCAAAUUCCCUUCCUUAAUCCCUGAACCCCAAUCCGACACUGACCCCAACUCUCAGUUCCGAGAGAAACUUCUCUACUUGGAGUCCAUUGGCAUCGACCUCUUCUCCCUUGUCGACGACUACCCUCCUAUCGUCUCUUCAUCUCUCGACGAUAUUAAAUCCACAGUCGAUUUCAUGAGCUCUAUGGGUUUUACUCCGCCUGAGUUCCGUCGAAUCUGUGGUAUGUGCCCAGAGAUUUUGAAUUCCAAGGUUUCAGAUAUCAUUCCUGUCUUCACAUUCCUCCUCAGAGAAGCCAAUGUGAAGGGCUCUGAUCUCCGAAGAGUCAUAAACAGACGGCCCAGAUUGCUCGUCUGCAACGUCGAGAAGCGACUCCGUCCGACCCUUUACUUCCUUCAAGGGAUCGGUAUUGCAGAGAUGGAUAAGCACACGUCGUUGUUAUCUUGUAGUGUCGAGGACAAGUUCAUUCCGAGGAUCGAAUACUUGGAGAAGAUUGGGUUUUCUCAUAAAGACGCCAUUUCUAUGGUGGCGAGGUUUCCGCAGCUGUUGUGUUACAGUAUCAGAGGAAAUUUCGAGCCAAAAUUCGAUUACUUUAUGGUAGAGAUGGGGAGAGAUUUGAAGGAAUUGAAGGAGUUUCCGCACUAUUUCUCGUUUAGUUUGGAGAGAAGGAUAAAGCCGAGGCACCGGUCUUGUGUGGAGAAAGGGGUUUUCUUUCCUCUUCCUGUGAUGUUGAAGACCAACGAGAAGCAGUUUCGUGAUAGGUUAGAGGUAUGUUGUAGCUCUUCGCAACCGUUGAGAAUUUCUCCUUUAUGGUGUACAAAUUUGGAUAGUAAUUCAAUGUCGAUCUAAUUUGAUUUCAUACCUGAAUGGGUCUUUACAA